ACUCACUGCUGUCUCUCCGAGAUCAAGCUGAGGCUCAGAGGGAUACAUUUGUCCAGGGUUACUCUGGAACCCAGCCCUGUCUCCUUCCAGGUCUGAAGUUUGAACCCCCCACUUUAGUGAGCUAUGACAGAAUCCAGGAGGUGGGGGCACCUGGCAGGUAGGUGCUGCCUUCCCCAGAGGCUAAAGGUCGAAAGGGGUUUAUUUACCCUUGACCUUGAAGGGAAGCAAGGCGUCGCCUGCCUCAGGUGUACGAGCAAAUAUUCUGAGGAUGGUGGGCAACAGGCCUGGAGGGACUUAAAAAGUGAGGUUAUAGUCUUGGUUUGAUUGGAAAGGGGGUAACUGUCGGUUUCUAUACAGAAAAGAAGGACGUUGGACUGGAUGGUCUACAAGGUUCUGCUCCAACUGGGGAGAAUGGAGUCCAGCAGCUGCUUCCACCACUUGGGGACCUCAUCUCUGCCUCUGGAGCGGCCUGAGCCCAGCAUCUGUGAGAUCCUCCCCAGCAGAGAGUCAUCCAUAGUCAAUAUAAUGGAAGAUCCUAAAACUUAUGACUCUUUUCAACGUGAACUUCAGGAUUACAUUAGAAAGCAGAGAGCCAGAGGAUUACAACCAGAGGUUUGCUUCAGAAAGGUGACAAAAGACUCUGAGUACAGAGAAGAGGACCCCACUGCACCCAGACCUCCACAGCUGGGGCAGCGAUUCCCCUUUAGGAAGCCCCACACAUUCCCCAGUUACUUCAAAAAGCCUAGAGCAGUGGAAAGCCACUUACCCCCAUUGUCCAAUAGUCACCACUUCAGAAAAAGACUGGAACCUAUAAACCAUCAGAAAGAACAUGACCAAUUCUUCAAUAGCUGGUGGCUUCCCAGCCCACCUGCGCAAGGAACGACCACCGACCCCCGAGCAGCACAACACAGAGAAGCCGCCAGCUGCCUCUCAGAGGACCGAACCAGCAUCCACCCAGCAGGAGAUCAAGACAGAAGCUGGAAGAGAAGGUUCAGAGAAAAGGGAGGAGGAGGACAUGGCAAGAAGCAGCAGGUGGAGUGGAAGAGGAGGCACUGUGAAGAGGAUGAAGAUUCCCACAAAGAGAAUGGGAAGAAGGCCAAGGCGGAGCCAGGCAGCACAGAGAAGUCCAAACACAGAAAGAAGAGCACCCAUGCCUGGGACACCACCAAGGAGGGAAGGUGGUCCAGCAGAGAGAAGAAGCAUCAUGGCCAAGAAAGCACACACGAGUGGGACUUGUGGGAUGAAGCCAUCCUUGGCAGCUGUUACUGAUGCUGGAGAUUGGGUCCUGGAUAUUAUAUGAUAUGGAUCCAUUGGAAAGGCUGGAUUAAAUGGUACUGGAGCAUUUCAAUGGCUAAACUUCAAAGAAAAAUUAGAUUUCCUACCUCAGACUCUGUUCAGAUAUAAAACCCAGUUAGUUUAAAGAUGUAAAUAUAGAAAUUAAAAUAUAAAAGUACUAGAA